GCACUUGAGCACAUAUGCCAUCACAGGUACCAGGCAAAGGUCCCGUGAUCUUGCCUGGUGGUAGCUGGUUGGAAUUCCGCAAAAAGUGAUACUGCUUCCAAAAUACGGACGAGAACAUCGCAUUUGGUCAAAAGAAGACGUGAACCUCCCGUGUGAAGAUCAAAGUGUCUAGCACCUACUACUUAGAUGGUAAAUAUGAGAAGACUCUGAAGCAAUCUUAUAAAAAACACGAGUAGCUGGUAAACAUGCCCAUCGACUUCUUUGCCCUUAAAGGCCUUGGAAAAGCGUGAAUUGGACUGAAUUGGACUUUUUUGAAGUUCAUUUGAUUUAAGAAGGAUUUUAGUUUGAAUAUCUUAUUCUCAAGUCAAACCCUUACUAAGCGCACAGCAAGGGAGAGCACAUGAAGACAGCGCAGACACCUUGCCUUUUAUUACUUACUCUUGUCUUCACGACUUCACAAGUGCUGACGACUGCAGAAGACGUGUCCUCGGCAACCAUUGACUUUGUUGGAGACAUCAGUUUUGAUGGCAUACAAAAAAUUUUCAACAACAUGGGGAUGUGUUCGUACAAUGACAGCCUCCGGUCGGUAGCACCCAUCUUGAGACAAUCAGACCUGGCAGUCGGCAACCUCGAGUCUCCUUACGGCACGAAAAACAUGAGGAAGAAUCACUUUUGGGGGAAACCACGGUUAAUGGGAGACGCUGAAAGUGUUACAGCAUUAAGGUUUGCAGGUUUUGAUAUUCUUGGUUUGGCCAACAACCAUCAGAAUGACUACGGGGAGGAGUCGCUUAACUACACUAUCUCCACUCUAAGAAGAACUGGUUUAAAGUGGUUCGGAGUCAAUUAUGGAAAAGCUGAUGAUCCACAAAGACCGCUGAUCGUCAAAGUAAAAGGGAUAAAGGUCGGCUUUCUCGGAUACUGCAACGUUAUCCACAAUGAUAGGUCGGCAAAUAGUCACUUUGACACUUGCAGAAGAAGGCGUGGCUCAUUGCUGGCCGGGCCUGCCAUUUACUCGCCCCAGUCUGCCUCACGAGAUAUCAACCGGCUCAAAGAUAAAGUCGAUGUUAUAAUCGUGGCAAUGCAUUGGGGAGCUGAAGGGAGCUUAAAGCCUAAUAGCAAUCAGACCAAAAUCAACAGUUACUUAUUGUCCCUUGGCGUCCAGCUUGUGAUUGGUUCCCACCCUCACGUUCUCCAGCCUCAUCAGAUGACAGGAAACACUUUAACGGCAUUUAGCCUAGGAAACUUCCUAUUUGGGCCGUGCACAGGAUUCCCUUUGAAAGGAUUUUAUUAUGACAGAAAACCAUCCAAGUUUUUAAUAAAAAAACUCAUUCAACAUACCAUGAGAGGAAGAGACCCGUCAUUAUUCUCGCGAAUUCUUCGCAUCACAAUAAACAAGCAAGAAGUACAAAAAGCUGAAUAUCUUCCGCUGCAGACAAAAUACAACUUCAAGACAGGAUGCUUACUGCCUGAGCAGUACCCAAGACAAACCUGGAUAGAAGUCUGCGGGAGAAAUGACAUACACUGCCUCCACAGGAAACAACACUGGCUUCAAAAGUCAAAAACAGCAAUGGAUUGAGCAAUUGUUAAUGGCAGAUUUUGUUUACCCAUUUAGAUUCCGUAUUCUCAGACGAGGAUGUUAAGCCAGAGGUCCCUUCUUUCAUUGCACUUCAUGAAAUGCUAUUGGGAGAUGUACAAGAGCAGCUGUGGACUCUGGACCAUAGUAACUUCUUCAGUGACAGUGCUCACACACAAACCCACACUCAUGAAUGUAAACUAUGUGGAGCAGUCUCUCUAUGAACUGAUGAGUAACGUCAGAUCCAUGUGAAGUGUAUUUGCUAUCAUGUCUCACGUUUUUCUAAACUUGUUCUUUUGGGAGCAAUGUAUGUAUGGUAUCUUAUAGUUUACUGUCGCUUUGUGACUGUUUUUGCUGGCCCGUGUAAACAGUAAAUAUGUACCAUAAUUAUGCAGGGUUUCUGAUUCCCUGUAAGAGUUUCUAUGGCAACCAUUACAACCACGUUUAAGAAAUCAAUAAAUCAGGUAAUUAUCAGC